AUGUCGGGAAGUGAUUUUCGUCUGCUUGAUGAUGACACUCAGUUCAUGGACAAGUAUCCUAAUGGGCUUUCUUUGGUUGAUUUGCUGCCAUUUUACGACUCCAUAUCUAAUAAUGAACCGCUUAAAUUAGAAUGGGUUUGUCCAGGGAAAAUCGAUCCUAACGUUCAGAGGGAAACAACCAAAAUUCGUACUGAAACAAAUGAUAAUCCUGUCCCAAAGGUUUCUGAAUCCUUGACUAGUAUUGUAAAGUUAAAAGAGUUCGACUUCGAUGAGUCUCCGAAUCAACCAUCUAUUCAUUCAGUUCCACUUGGUGCUGCUGCUCAAAAUGCAAACUUACCACUUAGACGUCUAGCAGGCACUUCCAGACAUCCACCUCGCCAACCCCGUGUAGCUAGUAUGGAUAAAAUAUUAAAUGACUUUUUCAAAGCACGCAAAGAACCUUCUUCCUCUGCAGUUGUGACUGAAAUACACACUCCAUCUAUUACUGCACAUUGUAUUCCAUCGUCUGGAAUUUCUCAGGCAACUAAUAUUUCCAAUGAGACAAACAACAGCAAUAAUAAUAAUAACUCCGAACAAGAUAAACAAGAAGCCCUUGCUGUCGAACUAGCUAAAGCUUCAGUGUCACCACAAGUUUAUAAUCAUCCAGAUAAUAUACCUUCAGACUUCACGCCACACGACAAUUCUAAUGUACAAAUUACCUCAAGUGAUCAGGUUUCUGCUCCUGUUGUAAACAUUUGUGAUGAAAGAAUAAUGGAAUGUCAUAAAUUAGAAUGUACUGAUCUUUAUGUCAAUAACGCUAAUUCUUCCGAUUACUCUGCUAUAA